CUGUGAGCUCUUCUCUAUGUGACGCUGCAGUGAAGAAGACUGAGAGAACACGUGAAGAUGUGUGUUCAUUACGGUGCUCUGAAGCUGUUCUGUAAUGUUGAUGUGAUUGCAGUAAUUCACACAUGAGCUGGAGUCUAGGUCUCUGAGAUGACAAACACGGAGGGUCUGAAGGUUCUUCCGCGGGACGCUGUGGAUUUAAACACGCAGCGCUGUCGGAUGGGUCCGGCUCUGAUGUCCAGGUUAGGCCUGAGGCUGGGCGCUCCGGUUCUGAUCCGGGUUCAGCGGGGAGCGUGUCUGUGCACCGCAUGGCCUCGGCACGACCUCGCAGAGGGAUUCCUUCAGAUCAGCCCCCAGUGUGUGACUCCGGACCUCAGCACACAGACGCUCACCGGACUCACGGUUAAACCGGCGCACAUCACACCCCUGACCUGCCCCAAACUCUCCAGCGUGAGCGUGAAGGUGUUUGUGCAGAGUCUGGAACGCAAGCGGAAGGUUUCCGAGCCGAGCGUUCACGAGCUGCUCGAGGGUCUGUAUGUGCACCAGGGUUAUUUGGUGGACCUGUCCGGUGCGGAAACGGAGAUCAGGUGUGUGCUGGUCGAGACGGUGAACUCGGGUUCGCAGAAAGCUGGUUUGGUUACAGCAAGAACCCAUGUGGAGGUCAGCCUUGUUCAGACUGUUAAACACUUGGAGAGGCGUAAGGAGGCGUCUGUGUCUUCUCUGGGCGGCCUAGAGGAGGUUUACGCCUCUCUGAAAGAAAUGAUCACGUUUCCUCUGCGUUACCCAGAGACUCUGCGUCAGCUGGGAGUGUUGUGCCCAAGAGGACUGCUUCUGAUCGGGCCGCCCGGCGUGGGGAAGACCCUGCUGGUGCGGUGCAUGGCGAGGGACAUCGGGGCCACGUUAGUGACCGUAAACGGCCCGGAAGUCACAGGUUCUCGACCCGGAGAGAGCGAGGAGAACCUGCGGCGCGUGUUUGAUCAGGCACGGGAGGCGGCGGAGGAGGGUCCGUGCGUUCUGCUGAUCGAUGAGAUCGAUACUCUGUGCCCGAGGCGGACGGAGAGCAGCGGUGCGCCGGAGAACCGGCUCGUCGCUCAGCUGCUGACGCUGAUGGACGGCAUCGGAAACCACGAGGGCUUCGUUAUCAUCGGAGCCACGAACCAACCGGACGCUCUGGACCCAGCGCUCAGGAGACCUGGGAGGUUCGACAGAGAGGUGAUCGUCGGCGUUCCCUCGCUGCUUCAGAGGCGCAGUAUUCUGAAGCAUGUGUGUCGAGAGAUGCCGCUCUCCUCUGAAGUGGAUCUGAAUGCUGUCGCUGAAGUGACCUGUGGAUACGUCGGGGCGGAUCUGAGCGCGCUCAGUAGAGAAGCAGCGCUGCAGGCCAUGCGACAGUCGCAGGGGGAAGCGGGUGAGCCGGUGUCGAUGCAGCACUUCAUGCAGGCGCUGCGGAUCGUGCAGCCGUCGUGUUUGAGGAGCAGUAUAGGAGCGACUGACUUCAAACCCAUCAGCUGGGAGCAGAUCGGAGGACUAGACCACGUCAAACUCAAACUUAAACAGAGUAUCGAGUGGCCCAUGAGGUUUCCAGAGGCGUUCGUGCGGUUGGGUGUUUCUCGGCCCAGAGGAGUUCUGCUGUACGGCCCGCCCGGCUGCGCCAAGACCACGCUUGUGAAAGCAGCAGCAUCUUCAUCACACUGCACCUUCCUCUCCCUCAGCGGCGCCGAGCUCUUCUCUCCUUAUGUGGGAGACUCUGAGAAAACACUGGCGCAGUUGUUCGCUCAAGCGCGAGCGUGUUCUCCCUCCAUCGUGUUCCUGGAUGAGAUCGACAGUAUGGUGGGCUCUCGAGCGGACGGUUCCUCUCACAGCGUUCAGUCGCAGGUUCUGUCGGUUCUGCUGACCGAGCUGGACGGGGUGGGAAUCCGAACUGUGGAGAGACGCAGCACCGGGAGAAAGAUCGCUCAGUUAGAAGGAGGAGAGCAGGAGGAGACCAGACUACAGCAGAUGGAGCUCCAGGAAGUGUGUAAUAAGGAUGUUUUGAUCGUGGCUGCCACUAAUAGACCAGAGGUUCUGGACAGUGCUCUGCUCAGACCCGGACGACUCGACCAGAUCAUAUAUGUUCCACCUCCUGACCGUGAGGCUCGUCUGGCCGUGCUGCACGUCUGCACUGAAAGUGUCCCGCUGCAUCCGGACGUGUGUCUGCAGGAUCUGGCUGCUCAGACGGAGCUCUUCUCUGGAGCUGAUCUAGAAAACCUGUGCAAAGAGGCGGCUCUUCUGGCUCUGCGUGAGGAUGGGUUCGAGGUGUCCUGCGUGAAGCAGAAGUAUUUUCUCAAGGCGCUUCAGAGUUUGAGUCCAUCACUGAGUCCCGAACAACUUCAGCAACACUUUCACUCGAUUCUCUAUUAA